CAACCAGAGCCCAAGACCAGAUCUGGAUUCUUAAAAUAUUCACGUGAACUCACACUGGAUCCAAACACAGCAAACACACAGCUGUUAUUAUCUGAGGAGAACAGAAAAGCAACAUUAACAAGACAAGAACAGUCUUAUUCUAGUCAUCCAGACAGAUUCACUUCAUGUUGGCAGGUCCUGAACACAGAGAGUCUGACUGGACGUUGUUACUGGGAGGUGGAGUGGAGAGGAGGAGGAGUUCAUGUUGCAGUCACAUACAAGAAUAUCAGCAGAGCAGGGAGCUUAAAAGAAUGUAGAUUUGGACUCAAUGACAAAUCUUGGGAGUUAGGAUGUGAAAAAAACAGUUACACAUUUUGGCACAACUAUGUCCAAACUCCUGUCUCAGGUCCUCGGUCCUCCAGAGUUGGAGUGUACCUGGAUCACAGUGCAGGUAUUCUGUCCUUCUACAGCGUUUCUGAAACCAUGACUCUCCUCCACAGAGUCCAGACCACGUUCACUCAGCCUCUCUAUGCUGGACUUCGGUUUUACUGUUCUUUUGGAGACACUGCAGAGUUGUGUAAACUGAAAUAGACAGAAGUCAUUUAAGGGUUAAAUUCUGUCAUUUGAUUGUUGUGACAUUUCUUCACCUGUCAAUCAAACAUUAUGGAUAAACAAUAUCCAUAAUGAUAUUAAAUAUUCAAUAACAUAUAUCUUCUUAUUGGUUGUUGUGUAAAUAUUUGAGUUUCUUUAGGUGGAGCUCCUUAUUGAAUCUGUAUUACUGUAUUUGUAUUUUUUUUAUUAUUAUUUGUAGAGCUAAACAAAUUUGAAGGAUGGUUGUGAAAAGGUUUUUAGUUAUUCAUUUAGAGGACAAAUACACCAGGCUUUUCACUUCAUCAUAGACACAUUUAUUCUGUCACACUGUAAUCCUCCGAUGUUACAAGGAAAUGUGAACAUAAACUGUAACCACUGUAAUUAUAAUGAUUAAAGAAAACAAUCAGUA